CUUUUCGGUAACAAAAACUAAGCACUCAACAUGGGUCGUAUGCACGCUCCAGGUAAGGGUAUUUCCCAGUCGGCUCUACCCUACAGACGCUCGGUGCCAUCGUGGCUGAAACUCAAUGCCGAGGAUGUCAAGGAACAGAUAAAGAAACUGGGCAAAAAGGGCCUGACUCCAUCCAAAAUUGGUAUCAUUUUGCGUGAUUCUCAUGGCGUGGCUCAGGUGCGUUUUGUGAACGGCAACAAAAUCCUGCGCAUAAUGAAAUCGGUUGGCCUUAAGCCAGACAUUCCCGAGGACUUGUACCAUAUGAUCAAGAAGGCGGUCGCCAUCCGCAAGCAUUUAGAACGCAGUCGCAAGGAUAAAGACGGCAAGUUUCGUUUAAUUCUGGUCGAGUCGAGAAUCCAUCGCCUUGCCCGCUACUACAAGACAAAGAGCGUCUUGCCCCCGAAUUGGAAAUACGAGUCCAGCACAGCAUCUGCUCUGGUUGCUUAAUUUAGAUAAGAUUUUCUUUUUUUUAACGCAAACUAAAUACAAACAACAAAAACCAUAA